UUUGCUCAAUAAAGUUCUCGUCUCUCAUCUACAUAUGAUCAUCUCAAGAUUACUCGUUAGCUACUAUGCGUUUCCUUCCAGCUAUCAUCUCCGCUCUCGCGGUCCCCCUCCCUUUAGCCCUCGGAGUAGGAACAGCCUACGUCGUGAAUAGCUGCGAUUACGAUAUCUUCGUCUGGUCCGUUGGCUCAAACGUCGGGCCUAAGAGUACGCUUCACCAAUUCGACACAUACAGCGAAGGGUUACGCUAUGAUAACAAGACCGGCGGCAUUUCUAUCAAAGUCACGACGAAAGACAACGGUCUCUACGACGCCAGUCCGCAAUUGAACUUUGCAUAUACUUUGGACACAGCAAACAACACCGUCUACUACGAUCUCUCUGAUGUCUUUGGAGAUCCUUUUGCGAACGAGACCGUGCUGCUGUAUGCGAAGCAGGAAUGCCCGUCUAUCGCUUGGCCUGAGGGAGUUCCUCCAGCUGGUAGUAAAACGCAGGCGUGUGCUGAUGACACAGGCCUUUGGCUGGCUCUGUGUGGCCAAGAGGUACCGCCCAGUCUGCGCCUCCCCAGAGACUCCAAAUCGGAACUAACGUGUUUCAGCAAUAAGAAAGAGUAGGCACAUUAUGUGGAGGCCGAUGGUGGUUUUCGUUGAAGGACAUAUGUGUUGCGAAAUGAAGUCCGUCCGGUAGAUGAUAUCAUGUACCUCACUGUUUCUUCAUACAUUUCGACGGCUACUUGAACACUUGCAAAUGAUUCAAUACAGGGCUUCAAAGAACACAUGACUCAAAGUUCCCUAUUGGUUUGGGUCUUACAUCUCGCUAGCUCCCUUUCCUCAUGCCUCUUUCCUCCUCAAUCAAUUGGCGGCGAUAAGCCGAAAAACAUCCCUGCCGCGGUGCAAGUGCUGGAAGGAUGUGGUCG